CCCAAGGUUGGAAGUGAACGCCCUGUGCCAAAAAGUUUGAAGUGAACCCCUGGUUUUCUGAAUGCGUUUCAGCUGUCUAGAGAUAUCUGCAUUAAACGCCUGACAGCUUGUGGAAUAUGGACAACAUCAUAAAAUGAACUACCGGAACAUCUAAAAAUAUACGAAAUAAAUCGGAAAGAGCCGACUGUGAGCGACCAUGACCGCAUCGCCAACACGAAGAAAUUUUUAAGCAAUUAAAUUAUUUAGAUCGGAAACGCAUUUAUGAUACGAGUGUAAAUGUUAAAGAUUUCAUUCAGACUGUAUCAACAGAGCUAAUACUUACACAACAAGCAACUUUUCAUUGACAACAACGGCAAGAUUUAAUAGACUUUUUUUGCCAAUACAACAAUUUUAGAUUAGUUAUCUAACAGAGUAACACAAAUUCACCCAAGUGUUGAGCUUUAAAGUAAACAAAAAAAUUACAAUAUUAAACAAAUCCUUAACUACAACAGUUCCAAUAGCUACAGCCUCGACACACUAUAGCCCAAAUUCAUCAUGUCAACUCGUGGUCACAUGGCGAUAUUCCUGGCAACCCUCACAAUCGCUACACUUGUUGCCAUCUGUUGGUUGUACAACCCAACCAUGCUAAGGACAGCUCCAGCCAUACUGGUGGACACAAUAAUGAACAAGUUCGUGGAACACGAUCGAAAUCGCAGUUCAAGUAGUGGUUCUGAUGGCUUUCUAUGGCAAUAUGUGACUGGUAAUACCGACUCGUAUCCAGUCAAAACGGCUGCUGGGUCGUCACAGGCUCCCAAUGCAUCUACCAAAGAUUGGAAAACAAUACUGUUCUGGAACUCGUGGUUUGGGCAGCCCUGGAAUGCAAGGUUCGGCACAACUAACGCCACGGAGCUGAAGGAGGAAGGGUGCCCGAGCUGGAAAUGCAACUUUACCUAUGAUCGUCGCUAUGCCGGUAACGCCGACGCUAUUGUCAUCCACGCAGGAUGGGCGUCGACCAAGCACCUCCCUCGUAUGAGCCGCCCAGAGUACCAGCGAUGGGUGUGGGUGGAGGUGGAGGCGCCUGGACCACCUUCUAAUACACGGAACGAUGGUCCUAAGAGCCGCUAUGUCAGCACCCUUUUCAACUGGACUAUGACCUACCAUUCACAGUCAGACAUUGCUGCUUUCUAUGGAUACUUUCUCUCGCUUAAUGCCUCCGUCCGACCAUUGCGUCCUAACUUGAUGUCCAACCACAACAAGGCCAUGAAACAGUACACGGCAGCACUGGGGCGAGGGGACACCCUGGAGACGGUGAUGGGCCCCGUCUGGAGGAGCUUCGUCUCCAGACCCAAGUUGGUGGCCUGGAUGUCCAGCCACUGUCACACCCACGCCAAGAGGGAAGAGUACGUUGCUGAGCUCGCUAAAUACAUCCCUGUGGACAAGUACGGGAAAUGUGGAGAUAAACAGUGCUUUCCCGCAGGACCUCUAAACGACGUGUGUUGGAAGAACGUGUUAAGCAGGAACUACUCCUUCUUCUUGUCCAUGGAGAACAGCUUUUGUGACGACUACAUCACCGAGAAGCUCUACAACCCUUUAGUGCACAACCUUGUCCCUAUCGUCUAUGGGGGUAGUGACUACGAGAGGUUCCUCCCACCACACUCCUACAUUAAUGCUCGGCACUACCACCCACGGGAGCUGGCCCGCCUCCUGACGCGGCUGCAGCAGGAUCCCGUAGCCUACGGCAGGUACCACCUGUGGCGUGGGUACUUCAGGGCAAUGAUCCGGGGUACGAUGUGCGAACUGUGUCACCGCCUCCACGUUGAGGCCAGCGCCCCGCCUAGCCACCACACGGACAUCGCUAGUUGGAGGACGAGGAGCGGGAGGUGUCGGUCCAUCGACAGAGGCAUGUUCAACUCCACGCUGGGCUCAGGCUCCUGGAGGACCAUCAUCACCACACACUAUGACCCCUUCAUUAACACCAGUUUGCGUCUGUGAUUCCCUACGAUGCAAAAAGUGAUGGACUUUUUCCAUGUGAAUUUUUUUUUCAAUUAUGCAUUACUGCUUUCCACAACAUAUUUCCUUAACUCCACACAAACCGUAAUGAGUAUACAGAACAUGUGGGAUAAAAACAAGUCGAUUUACCCAGGCCAAACAAAGAAAACCUUGUUGAUAAUUUUAAAGUACAUAAUAAAUAAUG